AGGAUUGAGACAGCAAGAUUCAACAAGAAAUUAUUUACAGUAAUUAUUUUGUCCAAUCGAUCAUCAAGAUGUCUGCAAUCGAGAACAUUCCAGUUGUUGACUUUUCAAGCAUUCUAGCUGCCAGCUCUGCUGAUAUGAAGACUCUCCCUGCAAUGGAGGAGCUCCGUUUGGCCAUUAGCGGUAUCGGUUUCGUCUUCUUGAAGAACCAUGGAAUUGACAGGAAACAGGUUGAUGAUGUCUUUUCCUCUUCUGUGGAGUUUUUCUCUCGUCCUGAGGUAGAAAAGAGACAAUUCUGGAGACAAGAUGGAAAGAGCAAUCAUGGAUACACUUGUAUGGAGCAAGAAAGGAUCAAUCCCAAAAACCCAGGUGACCUGAAGGAGAGUUAUGACCUUUGCGAAAAAGGCAUGGAAGAUCCCGUUGAGAUCAAGGAAACAGUCACUGAUCUGUACGAUGCCUUUACCACCCUCACUAACAAGAUCCUCGAGUCUUUUGGUCACAUGCUCGACCUUCAAGACCCUCAGUUUUUCAUGAAGGCACACAAUAAAAUGGGCCUUGGUUACAAGGAAAACUACACAGCACUAAGGACCCUUUACUACCCAUCUCUGCCAUCCUCCAUUGACGUUAAACCAGGACAGUUGAGGUGUGGAGAGCACGUUGACUACGGCUCUCUCACCCUCCUCUUCCUCUUCCAAGAUGAGAAUGGAGGCCUUCAAGUAAAAACAAGAACUGGUGGGUACAUUGAUGUGCCAUACAUGCCAGAAGCAGUUCUCCUCAAUGGUGGGGCACUCAUGCAACAGUGGACUGGAGACAAGAUAUAUGCAGCUCCUCAUCGUGUUCUUGUGCCCGAUGAUGAAACUGUAAAGGAAAGAGUGAGGCAGUCCAUUGCCUUCUUUGUCCAUCCUGACAACGAGGUGCUCGUGGAAACCAUCGAUGGAUCCAAUAAGUAUACACCUGUUACCGCACAAGAAGACACAGAGAAACGAUUCCUUUACUCUUACGAUAUUGAACUCUGAUAGCAUGAACAAUCCAUCAUAAUUAAUCCAUCAUAAUUAUCAUGCAUGUGUUUCAGUAUUAUUUAUCCAUGAUUUAUUGUGUUAUUGUAUAAGUGUUGAUUGCUAAAAA